GUCCUUUGUCUUUGUUAAUUCAAUCAAACAUGGCUGUUCUUACUUUGUUCUUCUGCCAUUUAUAAUAUUACUAUUUCAGUAUUAUUAAUCAGGAUUACGUAUUGAUCUUAAAACUUUUUGUAUUAAUUUUUAUCAGCAGUAUUCGAGUGUGUCGUUCAUUAAUUUCAAAUUUAUUUGGGAGAAAUUAGUUGUUUACUUUAGAUAUAAUAAGCAUUGCAACCUUUUUCAAGCAACCAUGAAGCCUGGUUAUUAUGCCAAAAUUAAAUAUAUAGACGACCACAUUCAAGGAGUACUCCCAGUAACACAAAUAUUGGAAAUGCAAUCAAACCCCGAAAAUGUUCAGUUUGACAAAGAUGGCAUAUAUACAGUUAUGUGGCAAGAUGAUAAAAUUCCAAAAGCCAUUGAAGUGGGAAUCCAAAUUGCUGACAUAAAAUGGUUGAAAACUUAAGACGAUUUAAAGGAGUUUGAAAAAAAGAGGUGUUUUUAGUGUCCUUAACCAGUCUAUUAUAGACAGAUAUUAUGACUCUGAAGAUAAAGAUUCAUGUGACAGUAACAAUGAUAAUGAAAAUGGUAUAAACCAAAAUAAUACUCCACCAAAAUUAAAUGUAAAAAAAAAAGUGAAGAAAGAUACGAAAGAGCAAGAAUUGAAUGUACGAAAAAAGAUAUACGACAAAGAGCUUCAAGAUAACCUUUUAAAAAUUAAAGAACAACAAUUUACCAAUGCACCAACUUUGUUAAUAAGCAAUGAAAAAAUAGAUCAUACAGUUAAAAAGAAACACAGUGCUGUACAAGGGAAUUCAUAUGAUUUCAACGUAGGAACUAAAGAUUCAAAAAAAAAUAGCUUCGAAAAUACAAUUCGAAACUUGAGAAAAGAAAAUGUAGAUUUACAAAUACAGCAAAUAAAAUUACAAAAUACAAUUGAUCUACUUAACCAGCGCUUAGAAACCUACAGAAUCAUUAAUGAAAGGUUGCAGAUAAAAAAUUUGCAUUUAGAAGAAACAUUGAAAUUAAUUGAUGAAACAAAAACAAAAAACUAUGAACAAAAACCAUAUGAGAUUGACAUGACGGCAAUAAGCAACACGUCGACUCCGACAAAAAUGUUGCAUAUUGACAUUACAAAGAAAAAUAAAGAUCCUGAAUAUGCUAAGUCGAAUGUAGAUGAUUAUUGUGCAGCUUCACACGACAAUAAUAUAAAAAUAUCCUCAAAUGAUGAAUCUGAAGUUGUCGAUGAAUUUAAUGAUUCACAAUUAGAUGACUCAAUUGAUCUUGCAUCGAUGAAAAAGCCACAUCUGGAAGUGAAACGAAAAUUAGAUUUCAAAGAUGAAAAGUCUCUGAUACCAGAAAAAAGAUCAAAAGAUAGGAGUAUAUCAACAUCCAUAGAGAAUGAAGAAACUCGCGAUUCGGGUAUUUCAGAUUAUACAAAUUUUGAUUUUCACCAAGCAGACAAACCAAAAAAGAUCUCUCAUCAACAUACUAGCGAAAAAUCUAAUGAUGAUGAUGAGAAUAGUCAGAUCAGUAUUCCCGAUGAAAUGUCAACAUGUUUUUCCAACUUUGGCCACAAAGAAAACAUUACCAAUAAUGAUGGAGUUACGACAACGUACAUAUUUUUGAAUGAAAGUUUCAAAAUAUUAUACGACGAUUGGAAAAAUUUCCUUAGUGUAAAAGAUGCCAGUAAAUUUACGAAGCACAUUCUUAGAGCAAUGAACACAAAAGAUAAUGGAUCUUACGUAGAGGAGCUGAGCAGAAGAUGCAUAGCUGCAGACAAACCUUCAUUCACGCCAAGAGGAGUGAAUCGAAGGAUUCCAAUCACGCCGUUAGAACACAUGACAAUAGAUAAAUGUUUAUCUUAUUUUUGUCAAAAGAAACUGAAACUUAAUAAAGAAGCGACAAAGAAGGUAACAGCGAAGAAAAAUAGCUUCAUAACUGAAGACAUCAACACAUGUAUAAAAAAAAUGAAAAAGUUAAAUGAAUCAUAAUUAUUCUAAGUAAUACUUUCUUAUGUACUGAUCUUACUAAACUUCUUCAUUUCCUUCGUUACUUCCUCCCUUUACUAAACUUAACACUCUUCCGGUCAUGGAUUUUGUUCGAACUUCUCCUACGGCCUUCAUUUGUAUAGAAAUAUAAUAACUUCGAAGGAUUCUGUUCAUGGGCUAUUAAAUAAUUAAAAAAAAUUGUUUCGAAACGAAAAAAGGCUACAGACCACGCCUGAGCAAAAUCCAUGCCCAGAAGAUCUGGUUACCGCUUGUUAGUUUACACGUACAAAGAAUCAUUAUGUA